AGAUCGGAUAGAGAAUAAAUACCGUGAGAGAAAGAAGGGGAGUCAGAGGAAGCGGGGAGAAAGAGGGGAGGAAACUGGGGCACAAGCAUAUUAGUGACACACAUUAAGAUCGGCAGGCAGGACCCAGGGAGCGCUGAGGAGACUCCGGAGGAGGGAGGAGAAGUGACAAGACUGGAAAAGUGCUGAUGGCACCAGUGUGAUGGCGCACCGUGCCAGGACCUGAGAGCGACUUCCCCCCCUUUUGUUUCCUCCUCCUCGCUCUGUGCCCCGUCUCCUUAUCCGUUCUCUGACCCUGUCCCCUCCUCCCUCACCCUCCUCUCCCCCAUCUCUCCCUCUCUCUUACCGCUCUCUCUCUCUCUCACACACACACACACACACACACAGUCAGACCGGGGAGAGCGCAGCGCCUGGGUCGCAUCUCCGUCUCUCACUGGCUCCUCUUUCCAUCCCUGUGCACUCUCUGUCUCUCUCCACCUCCUCUGAUUGUCAUUCUGCAGCUGAAACUCAGUUAGAGGGGGGAAAAAGCUCCGCAUCAGAGGGAAAGAGAGGUAGAGAGAGAGAGAGGAAGAAGAAGGAAAAGCAGUUGGGGGAAUAAAUUGGGGAUCUCUCAAUGAGCUGAGGAGUCUUUGUUCUUGGAGGCUUUUGAUGAUUGACCUCUUCUGUUCUGCUGCCUCUCUUCUACGAGGAAAUACUUAAAAUGGAAGACUUGGUGUGAGCACAGAAAAAGAAGGAGCUCUUGCAGUUUUUUUUUUUUUUUUUUGCUGCACGGAACAAAGUGCACAUGGAGACGCAGCACUUGGAAGUGAGCGACUGAAGACUUAAUCCAUUUACAAGGAGAGAGAAAAAAGCACUUCAGAAGAAACGGGAGAACCUCAACACAGACCCCGAGCAGAAGAGGACGAGAAUCAAGAGAAGAAAACAAUAAGGCAGUUUGAGACUUUCCUGUUUCCACUUCUUCUGUGCCAUCUGUAGUUUUUCUUCUCCUCUGCUCCACAAACUAAAGCUCAGCCAUGCAGGUGUCCAUCGCCUGUACGGACCACAACCUGAAGAGAGGGAAUGGAGACCACAGCAAGCAGAGCGCCACCAGCCCCAACGUGGUCAACCAAGCCCGGGCCAAGUUCCGCACCGUGGCCAUCAUUGCGCGCAGCUUCGGCUCCUUCACCCCGCGACACAUCUCACUGAAGGAGUCCACGGGGAAACACACGGGCAUGAAGUACAGGAACCUUGGAAAGUCAGGACUCAGAGUAUCUUGCUUAGGAUUGGGUACGUGGGUGACAUUUGGGGGACAGAUAACAGACGAGGUUGCAGAGCAGCUAAUGACUAUUGCCUAUGAGAGUGGAGUCAACUUGUUCGACACAGCUGAGGUCUACGCAGGCGGCAGGGCCGAAAUCAUUCUAGGAAACAUUAUCAAGAAGAAAUGCUGGAGGCGAUCAAGCUUGGUCAUUACAACUAAACUCUAUUGGGGAGGAAAAGCAGAGACGGAAAGAGGACUGUCAAGGAAACACAUUAUUGAAGGUCUGAAAGGCUCGCUACAAAGGAUGCAGUUGGAGUAUGUAGAUGUAGUUUUUGCCAACCGCCCAGACAGCAAUACUCCAAUGGAGGAGAUUGUUCGAGCCAUGACCUACGUGAUAAACCAAGGCAUGGCGAUGUACUGGGGGACGUCUCGAUGGACGGCCAUGGAGAUCAUGGAGGCGUAUUCUGUGGCAAGACAGUUUAAUCUAAUCCCUCCAGUGUGUGAGCAGGCAGAGUAUCAUCUCUUCCAGAGGGAGAAAGUAGAGGUGCAACUGCCUGAACUUUACCAUAAGAUAGGAGUUGGGGCGAUGACGUGGUCACCGCUGGCAUGCGGCAUCAUCACAGGAAAAUAUGAAAAUGGCAUUCCUGAAUCUUCCAGGGCCUCCAUGAAGUCCUAUCAGUGGCUGAAGGAGAAAAUAGUAAGUGAGGAUGGAAGGAAGCAACAAGCUAAGCUGAAAGAGCUCAACCACAUUGCGGAGAAGCUGGGCUGCACCCUGCCUCAACUGGCUGUCGCAUGGUGUCUAAGAAAUGAAGGUGUGAGCUCAGUCCUUCUGGGAACAUCCAACCCUGAACAGCUUACUGAGAAUCUCGGGGCCAUACAGGUCCUUCCUAAGAUGACCUCUCAUGUGGUGUCAGAGAUCGACCACAUCUUGGGCAACAGGCCGUACAGUAAGAAGGACUACCGCUCUUAGACCAGGCUGGUGAGAUACCCAAGCGGUCAGCUGUACCUACCUACUUAACCAUACUGCUACCUGGGACCCUCCGUUCAGUGUUCAUGUCCAUGGUUCUCUCCUUGGGCUCCACUUCAGCUCCAGCCCACUUCAGCCUGGAACAGACAGCCUUGCUAAGUCCAGCGUUGCAUACUGUAACUAUGUCUGUUUGAGACUCGUCCUGCUAAGAUCAGCUCUACCAGGUUCAUCUCAGGUGCAGUCCAGCUCAGCCAAGAAAUGCUUAAACUCAGCUUUUUGCAGCCUCAAGUGAAACUUUAGUCCAUUUGAUUAGAUUCAGAUUUUGUGCUCCCUUGCCGAGGUCUUACCCCCAUUCACCAACACCUCAUGCAGAUGUAACUAUGCAGACUUUAGACUAGUCCAUAUUAGACUUCACUACAUCCCAGUCAGACUCCAUUCAGGGCUCUUAUUUAACUGGGCAGAUAUUCACUUCAGUUAGAUGACAAGGUUUAAACUACUGCUCCAUAUUUUUUAGAGAUAUUCAACUUCACAUUCACAUACAGUUAGUAGAUGACCACAGAGAAGCAAUGCAACAAUGACUAAAGUUAAAGUGCCUUGCUCAAGGGCAUCCUGUUAGUAGUUGCUGAAUGAAAUGCUUAUGUAACUCAGUCACAUUUGCUACCCACAUCCAUCCAUUUAAUUUCAUGGCCCAGACCUUCAGUUCUCAAGCUUGCUUAUUUAAAGUCCAGACUUCCGCUUGCAAGUAAUUUAAUUUGAGCACAAAAUUCAUGCUGGAAGCAUAUAUUAUUUAUGAGAACUACUGUACAGCAGCUGAAUACAUGAAUGCAAGUAGCUUAGACUUAGGAAUUAGCGGUACCUCAUGGAAGUGGACAUGAAGAACCUUCAGUUGCAUGCUGAACACCCCUAGUCAAUGCUUUCAUUUAAAUGCUAUGCAGUGCAGCAAACAAAAUUAUCAUAAGAGCUGAAAACUUUCACCUCCUGUGUCAGAGGUACACUCUCAAGUCAUGGGUUAAAGUGCUUUCCCCAUGAAAUUUGAGGUGUAGCAAUGGCAAGGUGACCCGCUCACGCUUCAUGAAAACUGAGCUUUCUGAAUAUAAAUGAGGCCAGUUCCCUAUUAGCUUGAAUUAUGUUCCAACUACCUACCAAAUAUAAUCUGUCCCAUAUUUAGUAUAGCACUAAAUAGUAUCCAGUAAAUGUUAUAGGCUGCAAAUCCUGAGCAUAUUAACCAACUGAUGCAUGUUUUACCCUGCUAUAGUGUGCCUCUUUCUUCUUUUUGACAAAGCACAUUAUUAACCAACAGAGUCUGACUGAAAUUACUGCAAGCUUGUCUACUGUAUGUGACCCUCAGUGAAGCAGAGGAUUGUGGGACAUCAGGUGUUGGUGGGAAUGCAACUCUGAGAGGAGAGAGUGAAGCAUGUCGCCCCCGUGUGGUCUUCUUAGGAGAAUGCUACUAUUCUUCACAAUUAUAGGAGAGAAAUGUUGCUUUGCAAAAUAUAUACGGACUCCUUUCUGAAUUUGCAUUCAUUAUGGAGACAAUCGUUUCUGCUUGUGAACGGAACCUGCAUCGCUUCAAAGAACCUUGAAGAUAUGGACUUAAGCAUAUGAUAAAUAUAUAAUAAAAGAAUGACUGAC